AUGGACCGAGCUCGCAGACUUAUCUCAGACUCUGUUGCAUACGAGCCUCUAGAAGACUCGGUGGAGGAUGAAACUAAUACAGAACAGUCUGAGCUCCAGCCACGAUCUCGCUUUUCGAGGCUUGAAUAUGGGGUAUUCUUUCUUUUGGGAGUGACCAUGUUAUGGGCAUGGAACAUGAUGCUAGCUGCUGCACCUUAUUUCCACCAACGUUUCGAGUCAAAUAAGUGGACAUCGACGCAUUAUCAAUCGUCUAUCCUGUCGGUCUCGACCAUCACCAAUCUCGCCACAGCAUAUACUCUCGCCAGAGUACAAAAGAAUGUCUCUUACCCAUGGCGCGUGACGCUCGCGCUGUUAAUGAAUUGCUUUUUCUUUACUCUUCUCGCAAUCUCCACAAUUCUUUUUACAAAUGUUUCGGCGAAGGGCUAUUUCGCUUUCCUGAUGGUGAUGGUAUGGGGUGCCAGUCUGGCCACUGGUCUCAACCAGAAUGGAGUUUUUGCAUACGUUUCGAGCUUUGGCAGGGAAGAAUACACGCAAGCGAUUAUGAGUGGCCAAGGCGUUGCUGGUGUGUUGCCGUGCAUUGUCCAGAUUAUCUCUGUCCUGGCAGUACGGAGGAAAGCCGAAGGUGAUCACGGAUCGCAGGCAUUGUCGCCGAAGUCUGCCUUUAUCUACUUUAUAACUGCAACCGGAGUCUCAGUGCUGACAUUGCUGGCAUUUCUCCAUCUUCUACGGCAGAGGCCUGAUUUGCAACACAAGUCAACUGAAGAAGAGAAUGAGACUCUCGUCGGUCAUGACCAUGUGCAUGAUAAGACUGUGAGUUUAGGGGAACUCUUCAAGAAGCUCCGAUAUUUGUCCAUUGCUGUGUUUCUAUGCUUCACAAUCACCAUGCUGGCAUUCCCGGUCUAUACCUCGAACAUUUUGUCGGUCAAUGAUCCGGCCAAAUCAAGGAUGUUCGACCCUUCCGUCUUCAUCCCGUUGGCCUUCCUGUUCUGGAAUGUGGGAGACCUUUGUGGAAGAUUGUUCGUGGCUAUUCCAGGACUUUCUCUUGCCCAUCGCCCAUGGGUCGCCUUUAUUUUCUCCGUUGCACGUAUUGGCUUCAUCCCGCUUUAUCUGUUUUGCAACGUAAAAGGCAAUGGGGCUCUCGUGUCGAGCGACUUUUUCUACCUUUUCAUUGUCCAGCUUAUGUUCGGGAUUACCAACGGGGAUUUGGCUUCUAGCUGCAUGAUGGGUGCAGGCUACUGGGUGGCACCCCACGAGCGAGAAGCCGCGGGUGGAUUUAUGAACAUGAUGCUCGUUGGCGGGCUGACGGCUGGUAGCUUGUUGAGCUUCCUCGUUUCCAAUUAA